ACUCGCAUCAUCCAAGCACUCGAACACUACUGUUAAAACAACCUCCCCUGCACCAAAGAAUCAGCAUUGUCAGCUCCCGAGGCUCUGUCCACGCCCGCCGUCCAAUCUCGCGCCCGGCACGAUUCAAUCCGUCCACAUCGCCUGGGGGAGAUGUCCAUACUCUCGAGGGCUCCGAGUCGCUCCUCCGCCAAUCCCGGUCGCCGCCGCCGCCGCUGAUGGCCUUAUCCGCCGCCGCCGCCGACUUUCCACCCUGCUCCAAUGUCGCCGCCACGGAACUCAAAUCGCCCCGGGCGCGGCAAAGAGAAACCCUAACCGCGUUCGUGGCCUCGCCCCGCUCGCCUCCGCAGUCGAUGACACCUCUGGUUUUGUCAAUUCUGUCGGUGGAAGUUUCGAUUUUGGAACUUCAAAUUCGAUUCGAGAGUUCAGGAUUCCCAAUCCCCUCUUCUACUGAAAGUUGGACAUCCACUUGGUACCCAGCAGCAGGUCGUCGCGGCCACUGGCCCGUCGCGCGGGUUGGCUCGCUGACCGCGCGUGUGAUCUCGUCCACACGGAACGGCUCCAUGGCUCCCUGCCCACCACCCAAAUCAGACAGUACUGCCACUUAAUUUGUCGCCCAAAAAAAUUUGCAUCUGGUGCUCUCUUCUCCUAUCCUUUCCUCCCCCAUUCAUCUCCUUUCUUCCUUCAUUGUGCACCAACUGCUUCUGCCGAAAUCCUUCUCAGCACGAGGCGAUGACGGUGGGAGAAGCUGUAAUCGGGUGCCUGGUGGAAAGCGUCCUGAACCUCUGCUUCUCUGAAAAGUUGGUUGCAUGGACUCGCAAAGUUGGGCUUGCCGACGAUGUGGAGAAGCUCAAGUCAGCCAUGAGGUAUGUCCAGAUGGUGCUUGCUGCUGCCAACGGGAGGAAGAUCGAGAACCAGCCGCUGGCUCAGUCUCUGAGUGAUCUCAAGGGGCUGCUGUACGACGCCGAGGACGUGAUGGACGAGCUCGACUACUACCGCCUCAAAGAACAGGUCACAAGUGACAAUACUGCAACUUCAUCCGCGUGGUGGUUUAGCUCCAUUAAACAAUUAGGAAGCAGUUUAAUCGACAAAUGUGGUAACUUUGUCUCCACGGGCAACUCGAGGAGAAAAAGGAGAAGAGAAGAUGACCACAAGAUUGCUGCCGACACACACCUGGGAAACAUGAGUGAGUUUUCUGGUAAUACUGAGGGUGGUACAGCCACUGCUGCGCACAAUACUGCAAAUUCAACCACGUGGUCCGUUCAACAGCUUAGAAGCACCUUAAUCGGCAUCUGUGGCAACUUAGUCUCGAGGGGGAAAAGGAAGAGAGAAGAUGACCACUACAUUGAUGCCUACACAUACCUUGAAAACAAGCGUGAGUUUUCUGAUAGGAUGCAACGUAUUGCUGGUACACUACAACGUGUUGGUCGUGAUGUCAGUCACACUCUCCAUAUAAAUGAAUCGAAGUUCGUUGGAACUUCUAGUUUGAGUCCGAGUACACCCCAGGACACACGACUAACAUCAUCAUAUCUUGUCGAGCCCAAAGUUUAUGGGAGGCAUUCAGAGAUGGAAUCCAUCCUAAAGCUGAUGGCAAGUAACAGAUCCAAUGGCAUAACUGUCCUACCGAUUGUAGGCAUAGGAGGCAUUGGGAAGACAACUCUGGCACAACUUGUGUACAAUGAUCCGAUAGUUGCAAAUCAGUUUCAAAUCAAGAUAUGGGUUUGCGUGUCUGAUAACUUUAAUGUAGUUAGGCUGACAUGGGAGAUGUUAGACUGUGUCUCUAAACAAAGGCAAGCAGAAACAAGCAACUUGAACAAGCUUCAGGAGGAUCUAGAGAAACACAUGAAAUCUAGGAGGUUUCUAAUUGUCUUGGAUGAUGUCUGGGAUGACAUGAAUGAACACUCUUGGAACAAACUAUUAGCUCCUUUGAAACGUAAUCAGGCAAUGGAUAAUAUGAUACUUGUGACAACUCGAAAAUUGCCUGUUGCAGAAAUGACAAGGACAGUUGAACCAAUCAUGUUAGGUGCUUUGGAAGGGGAUGAUUUCUGGCCACUAUUUGAAUCAUAUGCAUUUGGUGAUCAACAAUAUGAAGAUCAAAGGUUGUACAAUAUUGGGAAGCAAAUAUCUCAAGAUUUGAGGGGGAACCCAUUAGCAGCAAAAACUGUAGGUGCGCUAUUAAGAAGGGAUAUUAGCUUUUCUUAUUGGACUAAGAUUCGAAAAAGUGAAGAAUGGAAAUCCCUACAAGAAAGCGAAGGCAUCAUGUCUACUUUAAAGCUGAGCUAUGAUUGCCUACCAGGCCACUUGCAGAAUUGCUUCAGGUAUUGUUGCCUGUUCCCCAAGGAUUAUCACUUUGAUGGAGCAGACUUAGUCAAAAUUUGGAUUUCACAAGGAUUUGUGGAUGGUAGCCGUACCAGUAAAAGUCUAGAGGACGCAGGGAAUGCCUAUUUGGCUGAUUUGGUGGACUCGGGCUUCUUUCAGAAAAUAGGAAGGGAUUGGAAUUCUCUGGAAUGCUUUGUCAUACAUGAUCUUAUGCAUGAUUUAGCAUGGCAGGUUUCAAGAGCUGAUUUUGGCACUAUAGAUGGCUGGGACUGUGAAGAAAUCUUACCAACUGUGCGCCAUCUAUCAAUAGUUACUGAUUCUACAUUUUCUCAUGAAAAUAUUAACAAAAAACUGCGGCAAAUUAAAUCUGUGAGAAAGCUGAGGUCCUUGUUGUUAAUUGGCCAUUACGACCCCUCUUUUUUUGAAGACUUCCAGAAUAUGUUCAAAGAGGCCGGAAAUUUACGUUUGUUGCAAAUCUCUGCAACUUAUGCUGAUUUUGUUUCCUUCUUGCGCAGUUUGGUAAAUUGUUCCCAUCUUCGCUACCUGAAACUUGAGAACAAAUGGAUUGGUGAAGAUUUGCCUAUACCUAUGAGCAAGUUUUACCAUCUUGAAGUAUUAGAUGCUGGACACCCAACUAUAGUUCAUGGUAUGAAUGAUCUUGUCAGCAUGAGGUAUCUUGUUGUGACAAAGGGAGCGUGCUCUUCUGUUACUAGUGUUGGUGAAAUGAGCAAUCAUCAAGAUGUGCUGAAUUUCACGGAUCAAAAUUCUAGCUGCUCUGAGAUAACACAACUUCAAUCCAUGAACAAGCUUGUACAACUUGGUGUGUUUCAACUCGAAAAUGUCAGUAGUGCCGAGGCUUAUGGAGCAAAACUGAGAGAUAAACAACACUUACAAAAGCUACACUUGUCUUGGAAGAAUACUUUGUCACAGGAUGGAUAUGAUAGUCGAAGUUCUGAACAAUUUGUUGACACAGCGAAAGAGGUUCUUGAAGGUCUUGAACCACAUCGCAACCUAAAGCAUCUUCAAAUCUCUGGGUACAGCGGUGUUACCUCCCCAGCUUGGCUUGCCACUUCAGUUAGCUGUUUGCAAACUCUUCAUCUAGAGGAUUGUGGAGAAUGGCAAAUACUCCCAUCUUUGGGGAGGCUUUCGUUUCUUACAAAGUUGAAGUUAAGGAAAAUGCAGAAAGUAAUAGAAGUAUUGAUUCCUUCAUUGGACGAGCUGGUGCUGAUUGAAAUGCCAAAAUUAGAGAAAUGCUCCUGCAAUUCCGUGAGGGGUUUGAACUCUAGUUUAAGGGUACUGAAUAUCCAGAGAUGCUGCGUACUGAAGGCCUUUCCUCUCUUUGAGAGCUGCGAGAAACACAAAAUCGAGAAGAAGUCAUGGUUGUCCCGUCUUAGAGAGCUUACCAUCCAUGAUUGUCCUUAUUUAACGGUAUCAUAUCCUCUACCACCUUCAAAUGCUAUUGUUCAAUUGUCCAUUCGCGGAGUUCCAAAGCUUCCGGAAAUGAAAGGAUCAUCAAGGGCAACAUUAACAAUUGGUUCUCUGGAUGAACUGAAUCACAAUGUUUUGGCAUUCCAUAACUUGAGGUUCCUGUCUCACUUGAUACUAGUAGGAUGCCGAAAUCUAUCAUUUACUAUAUCCGAGGGUUUCAGGCAACUCGUCAACUUGAAGCGGUUGAAAAUAUACCAGAGUAAGGAUACCGAUGAAGACAUGGCAGCUGCGAAUUUCAUUGCCCCUCCAUCUCUCAAGCAUCUUGCGAUCAUGAGUGGUAAAAUAAAUUGGAGCUGGCUAUCUAGGAUGCUUCAACAGGUGCAGGCCCUUGAGGAAUUACAUUUAGAGGGGUGUCACCUAAGAGGGCUAUCGUUGGAAGAGGAAGAAAGUAGCCUACCUAAUCUGAUCUCAUCUCCGGAGGCUUCAUCAUCAGGAAAUCCAUAUGAUGCAUCGACAAGCUCAGCUUCAAAUGGACUCUUGUGCAUUCCAUUAAAUAUCAUCUCCUCUCUCCAGAACAUGACUAUUGUGUGUUGUGGUGAUCCAACAUUUUACGGGACCAAGGAUGGCUUCGCUAGAUUCACCUCACUUGAGGAGCUAACAAUUUGGGGCUGCCCCAAGCUUAUCUCGUCAUUGGCCUGUAAAGCCGAAAACAACGACCAGGCAAGCGAAAGAUGGCUUCUUCCGGAUUCACUUGGUAAACUUGUGAUAUACCUUGAAGGACAUGAGUUCAUCCAUUCCCCGGAAACCCCCCAUUCCCCCGAAACGCUGCAGCUCUGCUAUCCAGGGAAUAUGACCCGCCUAAAAAAAUUAGAAAUAUGGGGCAGCCCAAGUUUGAAAUCUCUACAGCUGCAUUCUAGCACAGCACUGGAGGAAUUGGAUAUUCGUGAUUGUAGAUCUCUCACGGCACUAGAGGGCUUGGAAUUCCUUGGCGUUCUCAGGCAUUUGAGAGUAUCCAAGUGGCCCAGCUUUCUCCUAUGUUUGGAGGAUCUGUCAAGGCAGGGCUAUGACCUGCGCCCUCGACUGGAAAGCCUCGAGAUCGACGAUUACUAUAUCCUUACCACGUCAUUUUGCAGGACCCUCACCUCCCUCCAACGCCUAGAAUUUCACACUCAUUUGAGCCAAGUGACGAGACUAACAGAUGAGCAAGAGAGUGCGCUUCGGCUCCUCUCGUCCCUGCAGGAGCUCCAUUUUUGGGGUUGCCGGAGUCUAGCAGAUCUUCCUGUGGGUCUGCACAGCCUUCCCUCCCUCAAGAGGUUGAAGAUCUUCGAUUGCGGGAGUAUCUCAAGACUGCCACAAAUGGGCCUCCCACCUACGCUGGAAGAGCUGGAUGUUAGCUGGUGCAGCGAUGAGCUAUCUGAGCAAUGCAGAACGCUUGGGCUGCAGUGGCGUUCUUCAGAAUGAAUACGAGCAUCAUACAAUUGCAAGCUGUUCGAGAGAGUGUUCAUGGCAUCCCUGUUCCUCCCGGGAUCACCUGUUGCGGGGCUCAUGCUCGCGAGACGAGAGUCCACAAGUGUGGUUCUUUUUACUCAAAAGCGUCAAAAACUGGAUUUCUUGUGCCAGAUUAUGUACAGGUUUUGUUUCACUUCUGAACCUCGUCCUCACGUGGUCAUGUUGCUGGAUACGGUUCUCAUGUUUUGUUAUAAACUUGUUGGGAUUUUAGAAAAAGCCAACAGAGAAUUUGUGUGAUGUCAUGUUCAA